AGAAAGGGGACUAGACCUGAACAAAACUACAAUUUCUGGUGUGUUGCAGACCGGAAUAAGUCUCUUAAAUGGAGGUUUCUGCCGAAGUUCAGGAAGGUUUACAGCUUGCAGGCGACUCGGGCCACCUUCCAAACGAGGCCUACACGUAUCUUGUCGAGAAGGUUUUCGAAGAUGUCUUUAAACGAGCGAAAGCAAGGUCUUUCCAAGAUGAUGAAAUCCUGCAAUCGUUGGAUGCUGCAGUCUUAAAACAAGCCUAUGGUGCUCUCUCUACAUUAGCACUAGAGGGCGCCAAACAUGAUGCCAACUCAUCAAGUAUUAGCACACUGCUAGAAGACUGUAAAUGGAAUACCGAUAGAACAAACGGCUUCAUCAACGUUUUCCUGGACCAGAAGGAGGAGGUUCGAGUCCUCCUUGGGAACAUCAGGCAGUCUCAUCCACACAUUGUGGAUGUUGACUGGAGACUAGACUACUAUAUGAAGAGCAAUCAUGUUGACAAGAUCAAUGAGGCUUCUUACCUCAUCACACUGAAGACAGAAGAAGGGCUUCAGAAUGCGACAAAGGACGUCCAGUUCUCAUGCUCCUUGGAGCAACUCCAGGACUUGGUUGGAAAGUUGAAAGAUGCUUCGAGAAGUUUAGAGAAGGCGAGUUUGUCGUGAGUUUGACGUCUGUGGGUCAAAAUAGAUGGACAACUUCGGACAACGAAACCAGGGAUCAUCCCAUGGGCCCGGAUGACUCCAAUUUUAGUAAGAUCUUUUAAAACUCAACAAUUUGCAGCCAUUUGGUGGACUAAAAGUUACAAUUUGCUGUAGUACUUUUGGGAAUAAAGGGGUGAACGUUAUAGGAGACGCUGGCCCUUUAAGUUCUCAAUUUUUUACAUGAGUAGAGAGUGGACUCUUUGCAACAUAACAUCCAGGACGUUCGUGGAGCUUCAUCAAGUCUUUAAUUUAAAGAAAAUUGCCACUAGACCAGUGGUCUUUUAGCUCGGAACUUUCGAUAGCCCAGACAUUACUGACCCAGACCCAGCUUGCACUCAACCUAAAAUAUUUCUUUCUUUCUUUCUUUGCAAAAAAUCUGGACAGUUCAAGCCAGGAUGCAACUGUUUCCAAACUCGACUGAUCAAUUUUUAGUGUUAAAAAACUAAAAUGUUUGGAAGACACAAAAUAUGAAUUUUUUUAUUCCUGUUGUUGUAAUAUUUGUUUUUUGU